GCUCUCCCAACGCUGACAUUUGAGAGAAAAAACGCUUCCUGCCCCCAGUCCAGACCCACUGAUUCCGCCUCUGGGGCUGGAAGCAUCUGUGUCUGCCUCCUCAUUCCCGGGGGUUGCUUGUGGGGCAGGAUCCAUGGGCUCUGCAGGGGUUCCCCUGCUGCUGCUCCUGGUGGGGGCCCUGUCCCGGAUCCCUGGAAGCGAAGGGGGUCAGGAGCCUCCCGCCCAUUUCUUGUACCAGUGGAAGGCUGAGUGCCACUUCUUCAACGGGACGCAGCGGGUGCGAUUGCUGGACAGGUACUUCUACGACCAGCAGGAGUUUGUCUGCUUCGACAGCGACAUCGGGAAGUACGUGGCCGUCACCGAGUUCGGGCAGAAGGAUGCCGACUAUUGGAACAGCCUCCAGGACUCCCUGCAGGACCGGAGGGCCGCCGUGGAUUACUUCUGCCGAUGCCACUACGGGGCUUACACCUUCGGGCAGAAGGAUGCCGACUAUUGGAACAGCCUCCAGGACUACCUGCAGGACCGGAGGGCCGCCGUGGAUUACUUCUGCCGAUGCCACUACGGGGCUUACACCUAUCAGGCGGAGAAGACACGGCGUCUGAUUGGCCGGAGAACCAAGCCCACCGUCACCAUCUCCCCCACCAAGACGGACCCCGGUUCCCCCAACACCAUCCUCCUCUGCGCCGCGACGGGCUUUUACCCCGUGGAGAUCGACGCCCAGUGGCUGAAGAACGG